AUGGGAUUAAGGCUACCCAGCCUUUUAAUACUAUGGCUGGCCCUUUGUUAUGCAGUUGACAUUAAAAAAGGAAGAAAUCCUAAUCAUGGCCACUAUGUCUGCAGUACCUGGGGGAACAACCACUUCAAAACUUUUGAUGGUGAUUUCUACCAGUUUCCUGGCCUCUGUGAUUACAACUUUGCUUCUGACUGCCAAGGGUCUUAUAAGGAGUUCUCUGUCCACAUCCAGCGUGAACUGAAUGACCAAGGGCACCCUGACAUCCAAUAUGUCCUUGUCACAAUUAAAGAUGUCGCAAUCUACCUCACUCACAAGAUGGUUGUGGUGGAUGGGACAAUUGUAAGGACACCGCACUAUAGUUCUGGUAUGCUGAUAGAAAAUAAUGGUACAUACACCAAGAUCUAUGCCAGAAUUGGGAUGAUUCUAAUGUGGAACAGAGAAGAUGCCUUGAUGCUUGAGCUUGAUCCCAAGUUUAACAAUAGGACUUGUGGUCUUUGUGGAGAUUACAAUGGUCAGCCAAUCUACAAUGAAUUUCUCUCCAAUGGCUUGAGUUACAAUGCAAUCACAUUUGGAAACCUACAGAAGAUUAGUCAGCCUAAUGUAGUAUGUGACGAUCCUGAUGAGACGAAGACUGUUGAUCUUUGCAACCAGCAUCGGGAUGAGUGUGAGGCUCUGCUGUCUGCUCCUGCUUUUGCGGACUGCCAGUCUCGCCUGAAUCUGGAGCAGUAUAUUCAGGCUUGCAUGCAGGACAAAUGUGCUUGCCAACAAGUGGAGGACUCCUUCUGCCUCUGCAGCACCAUUUCAGAGUUCUCACGCCAGUGCUCCCAUUCUGGUGGCAGGCCCCAGAACUGGAGGACAUCACAAUUUUGCCCUAAGUCUUGCCCUGCAAACAUGGUCUAUUUGGAAAGUGGCUCACCCUGUAUGGACACCUGCUCACACCUGGAGAUCAGUAGCCUAUGUGAAGAGCACUACAUGGACGGGUGCUUUUGCCCUGAAGGCACAGUUUAUGAUGAUAUUACUGGCAAAGGCUGUGUGGCAACAAGCCAGUGUUACUGCAAGCUUCAUGGGAAUUUGUAUGCCCCAGGGAAAAAUAUCACCAAUGAGUGUGAAAGUUGCACUUGCCAAUCAGGUAGGUGGAUAUGCCAGGAUUUACCCUGUCCAAGUACAUGUGCACUGGAAGGAGGAGCUCACAUCACCACCUUUGAUGGGAGGAAAUACACCUUUCAUGGAGACUGCUACUAUGUUCUGGCAAAGGGCAGUAAAAAUGACUCAAAUGUCCUCUUGGGAGAGCUGGGCCCCUGUGGUUCUACAGGCAAACAGACAUGUCUAAAGACAGUAGUUCUCUUAAUAGACCACAAGCAAAAUAUUGUAGUUUUCAAAUCAGAUGGUACUGUAUUACUCAAUGAGAAUGAGGUCCACUUGCCCCAUGUAUCAGCUAGCUUAUCAAUUUUCCAGCCAUCUUCCUACCAUAUUAUUGUACAGACAGAUUUUGGCUUGAAGCUGCAGAUCCAGUUGGUUCCACUCAUGCAGUUGUAUGCCAUUGCAGACCAAUCUGCCAAGGGAAAUGUCCAAGGUCUUUGUGGCAAUUACAAUGGAAUAGAAGGUGACGAUUUCAAGUCAUCAGGUGGAAUGGUUGAAGCAACGGGGGCUGCCUUUGCUAACACAUGGAAAGCACAAAGUAGCUGUAUUGACCAGGUGGAUAAAUUGGAACACCCUUGCACUCUCAACCUUGAAAAUGAAAAUUAUGCUGAACAUUGGUGCUCUUUAUUGAAAAAUUCAGGAAGCCCUUUUGCCAGAUGCCACUCAGCCAUUGAUCCAACAGAUUAUUAUAAGCGGUGCAAGUAUGACACCUGUAGCUGUAAUGCCAACGAAGAAUGCUUGUGUGCGGCCCUGUCAUCUUAUUCAAGAGCUUGUGCCUUCAAAGGGGUCAUGCUGUGGGGAUGGAGAAAUAUCGUCUGCAACAAAGAAGUGUCUUCCUGCCCAGCUACGCAGGACUUCCGUUACAAUCUGACUGCCUGCCAGCAGACCUGCCGUUCACUUUCUGAAGGCGAUAAGCAUUGCUUGCAGGGCUUCAUUCCAGUAGAUGGCUGUGGCUGUCCUGAUAAUACCUACCUGAAUGACAAGGACGACUGUGUGCCAAGUGCUCAGUGCCCCUGUUACUACAAAGGUUCAUUCAUAAAAGCUGGUGAUCGUAUCACGAAACCAGAGGAGCACUGUGUUUGCCAACAUGGAAAACUUCACUGUCAACCAAUAACACAUGACUGCUCACCCAACAAGAAAUAUUUUGACUGCAACAAGAAUGACUCUUGGUCUUCCCAAACACCAAUACAACUUAGCUGCCAAACACUGGGUACCGAUCACUUUCAGACAGAAUGUAUCUCAGGGUGUAUGUGCCCCGAUGGAUUGAUUGAUGAUGGCAGAGGGGGCUGCGUUACGGAAGAGCAGUGCCCAUGUAUUCACAACAACGAUUUUUAUGCCCCUGGAACAAGAAUAGAUGUGGGCUGCAAUGAAUGUACUUGUCAAAAAGGAAACUGGAAUUGUACCACAACUGUGUGUUAUGGGACAUGUAUCAUUUAUGGAAGUGGCCAUUACAUCACCUUUGAUGGAAAAUAUUACGACUUUGAUGGGAAAUGUGAAUACGUAGCUUCCCAGGAUUACUGUGGCCUUGCAAAAGACCAUGGAUCAUUUAGUGUCAUCACAGAGAAUGUCCCAUGUGGAACCACUGGAGUUACCUGCUCCAAAGCCAUUAAAGUAUUUCUAGGGAGAAGUGAGCUAAAAUUGGAAGACAAACAUGAAGAAGUAAUUACGCGGGACGUUGGUAACCAUGUGACGUAUUGGACUCAUACUGCUGGGCUGUACCUUGUUGUUGAAGCAAGCAAUGGUGUUAUGCUCAUUUGGGACAGGAAGACCACUGUUUUCAUCAAGCUGGCACCAAAAUAUAAAGGCAAAGUUUGUGGUUUAUGUGGUAACUUUGAUGACAAGGCCAGUAAUGACUUCACAACAAGAAGUCAAGUCCAAGUAAACAAAGCGCUGGAUUUUGGAAAUUCAUGGAAAAGGGAUAGCUCCUGUCCUGAUGUGAAUGUAGACAUUGAGCCCUGUGACCUAAAACCUCAUCGUAAAUCGUGGGCAGAGAAGGAGUGCAGCCUCAUUAAAAGUGUAGUUUUUGAGAAAUGUCAUCCCAAGGUUAACCCAACACCAUUCUAUGAAGCUUGUGUACAUGAUGCGUGUGCCUGUGACUCUGGUGGGGACUGUGAAUGCUUCUGUACUGCAGUUGCUGCCUAUGCACAAGAAUGUAUCAAAGCUGGAGCUUGUGUAUUCUGGAGGAAUCCUGAUAUAUGCCCAAUCUUUUGUGACUACUACAAUCCUAAGGAUAUAUGUGAAUGGCACUAUGAGCCUUGUGGAAGUAAUGCUCUGACUUGCAAGAUCCUUAACCACAUUAGCAGCAACUUUUCAGUGCCACAUUUGGAAGGUUGCUACCCUCGAUGUCCCCCAGAGAAACCUGUCUACAUUGAAGAGUCCAACCUCUGUGGGACUGAGGAGGAGGAUUGUGGCUGCUAUAUUGAUGGCAUAUACUAUCCACCUGGCGGUCGAGUACCCACAGAUCAGCCGUGUACGGAAUGUAUCUGCCUCUAUUCAGGAAGAACUCACUGUACCCCUAAAGACUGUUGUUAUAAUAACACAGAGUAUGGUCCAGAAGACACCAUUCCUGUGACAAAUGGGUCAUUCUGUUACGACUUAACAUGUAUAAAUAACACCAUGGUGCCUUCAAAUGUAACCCUCUGUGAGCCAACAACAACACCAGUUUCCACCACCACCAUCUCAACGACCUCUUCCUCUACUAGUACAGCCUUCACCACAACCUCCAUAUCUACAACACCCUCCACCACAACCUCCACAUCUACAACAAAUAAUUGCUAUGAAUACUGCCAGUGGAGUCAAUGGUAUGAUGUUAGUCAUCCCAAAGACGAGCCAGGCGGUGGUGACUAUGAGACUUAUGAAGCCAUAAGAAAUCAAUACGGAAACAGUUUUUGUUCAGCCCCCCAAAAUAUAGAGUGUAGGGCUAAAGAGUCACCUGAUCAAACUCUGGAAGAACUGGGACAGAAAGCGGAAUGCAAUGUUACUUACGGGCUCAUUUGUAGAAAUGAUGACCAGGAUAAGACCUUCUGGAACCUUUGCUAUAACUAUGAGAUACGAGUUGACUGUUGCGAUAUAAUUUGUGGUACCACCCCUCCCCCUACAACCACAACAACUACCACACCACCUACCACGACAACCACUUCAACCACACCAAGUACCACUACACCAACUACUACUACUUCUAUCACCACUACAGUGUGUAGUCCCAGUGCUGAAGUCUGUGAGUGGUCGAAGUGGAUAGAUAUGAGUUACCCCCUUUAUGGCCCACAAGGUGGUGACAAUGAAACAUAUGACAACAUCCGAGCACAUGGCAUAGAGGUCUGUACACAGCCUCUGAACAUAUCUUGCCGAGCAGUGAAAUUUCCUAAUCUCUCCUUCCAAGAGCUGGGCCAAACCGUGAAAUGUGAUGUUUCGACUGGACUUCUCUGUAAAAAUAAAGAUCAGGUUCCAGGGCCCGCGAUGCCUGUAGCUGCUUGUCUCAACUAUGAGAUCAGCAUAUACUGCUGUAGACCUCCAAUCUCAUGUGGAUCUACACCCUCAUCCACCACUCCAAAAACAACAACCAGUACCACCACCACACCAUCUACCACAACGCCCACCCCAAGCACCACCACAGAAACAACAACCAGUACCACCACACCAUCUACCACAACGCCCACCCCAAGCACCACCACAGAAACAACAACCAGUACCACCACACCAUCUACCACAACGCCCACCCCAAGCACCACCACAGAAACAACAACCAGUACCACCACACCAUCUACCACAACGCCCACCCCAAGCACCACCACAGAAACAACUACCAGUACCACCACACCAUCUACCACAACGCCCACCCCAAGCACCACCACAGAAACAACAACACCAUCUACCACAACGCCCACCCCAAGCACCACCACAGAAACAACAACACCAUCUACCACAACGCCCACCCCAAGCACCACCACAGAAACAACAACACCAUCUACCACAACGCCCACCCCAAGCACCACCACAGAAACAACAACACCAUCUACCACAACGCCCACUCCAAGCACCACCACAGAAACAACAACACCAUCUACCACAACGCCCACCCCAAGCACCACCACAGAAACAACAACACCAUCUACCACAACGCCCACCCCAAGCACCAUCACAGAAACAACAACACCAUCUACCACAACGCCCACCCCAAGCACCAUAAUAGAAACAACAACACCAUCUACCACAACGCCCACCCCAAGCACCACCACAGAAACAACAACACCAUCUACCACAACGCCCACCCAAAGCACCACCACAGAAACAACAACCAGUACCACCACACCAUCUACCACAACGCCCACCCCAAGCACCACCACAGAAACAACCAGUACCACCACCACACCAUCUACCACAACGCCCACCCCAAGCACCACCACAGAAACAACAACCAGUACCACCACCACACCAUCUACCACAACGCUCACCUCAACAACUACUACUUCUACCACUUCGGGAUCAACCACAGCUGGAUGUAUUGACUUCUGUGAGUGGUCCAAGUGGAUAGAUGUGAGUUACCCCCCUUUUGGCCCACAAGGUGUUGAUAAUGAAACAUAUGACAACAUCCGAGCACAUGGCAAAGAGGUCUGUACACAGCCUCUGAACAUAUCUUGCCGAGCAGUGAAAUUUCCUAAUCUCUCCUUCCAAGAGCUGGGCCAAAGCGUGAAAUGUGAUGUUUCGACUGGACUUCUCUGUAAAAAUAAAGAUCAGGUUCCAGGGCCCGCGAUCCCUGUAGCUGCUUGUCUCAACUAUGAGAUCAGCAUAUACUGCUGUAGCUUCUGCUCAACCACAACCAGUACAACAACUACUACUACUACUACUACUACUACUACACCAUCUACUACAACCACCACCCCAACUCCAACCCCAAGCACCACCACAGAAACAACAACCAGUAUUACCACCUCACCAACCACCACAACCCCAACUACCACCUCAGAAACAACAACCAGUACAACAACUACACCGUCUACGACAACCACCACAACUUCUGCUCCAACCACUACUUCCACCACAGAGACUACAACAGUCAGGACAACCACAACCACGUCAACAACCACUCCAUCAACCACUUCUGAGACUCCUUCCACAACUACGUCAACCACCACCACCACACCACCAACCACCACCAAACCGCCCACCACCACUCCUACUGAGACAUCUACAACCACGUCAACAACCACUCCAUCAACCACUUCUGAGACUCCUUCCACAACUACGUCAACCACCACCACAUCACCACCAACCACCACCACACCGCCUACCACCACUCCUACUGAGACAUCUACAACCACAUCAACAACCACUCCAUCAACCACUUCUGAGACUCCUUCCACAACUACAUCAACCACCACCACCACACCACCAACCACCACCACACCGCUCACAACCACUCCUACUGAGACAUCUACAACCACAUCAACAACCACUCCAUCAACCACUUCUGAGACUCCUUCCACAACUACAUCAACCACCACCACCACACCACCAACCACCACCACACCUCUCACAACCACUCCUACAGAGACAUCUACAACCACGUCAACAACCACUCCAUCAACCACUUCUGAGACUCCUUCCACAACUACGUCAACCACCACCACCACACCACCAACCACCACCAAACCGCCCACCACCACUCCUACUGAGACAUCUACAACCACGUCAACAACCACUCCAUCAACCACUUCUGAGACUCCUUCCACUACUUCAACCACCACCACCACAUCACCACCAACCACCACCACACCGCCCACCACCACUCCUACUGAGACAUCUACAACCACGUCAACAACCACUCCAUCAACCACUUCUGAGACUCCUUCCACAACUACUUCAACCACCACCACCACCACACCACCAACCACCACCACACCGCUCACAACCACUCCUACUGAGACAUCUACAACCACGUCAACAACCACUCCAUCAACCACUUCUGAGACUCCUUCCACAACUACGUCAACCACCACCACAUCACCACCAACCACCACCACACCGCCCACCACCACUCCUACUGAGACAUCUACAACCACGUCAACAACCACUCCAUCAACCACUUCUGAGACUCCUUCCACAACUACAUCAACCACCACCACAUCACCACCAACCACCACCACACCGCCCACCACCACUCCUACUGAGACAUCUACAACCACGUCAACAACCACUCCAUCAACCACUUCUGAGACUCCUUCCACAACUACAUCAACCACCACCACCACACCACCAACCACCACCACACCGCUCACAACCACUCCUACUGAGACAUCUACAACCACGUCAACAACCACUCCAUCAACCACUUCUGAGACUCCUUCCACAACUAUGUCAACCACCACCACAUCAUCAACAACCACCACCACACCGCCCACCACCACUCCUACUGAGACAUCUACAACCACGUCAACAACCACUCCAUCAACCACUUCUGAGACUCCUUCCACAACUACGUCAACCACCACCACCACACCACCAACCACCACCACACCGCUCACAACCACUCCUACUGAGACAUCUACAAUCACGUCAACAACCACUCCAUCAACCACUUCUGAGACUCCUUCCACAACUACAUCAACCACCACCACCACACCACCAACCACCACCACACCUCUCACAACCACUCCUACAGAGACAUCUACAACCACAUCAACAACCACUCCAUCAACCACUUCUGAGACUCCUUCCACUACUUCAACCACCACCACCACAUCACCACCAACCACCACCACACCGCCCACCACCACUCCUACUGAGACAUCUACAACCACGUCAACAACCACUCCAUCAACCACUUCUGAGACUCCUUCCACAACUACUUCAACCACCACCACCACCACCACACCACCAACCACCACCACACCGCUCACAACCACUCCUACUGAGACAUCUACAACCACGUCAACAACCACUCCAUCAACCACUUCUGAGACUCCUUCCACAACUACGUCAACCACCACUACAUCACCACCAACCACCACCACACCGCCCACCACCACUCCUACUGAGACAUCUACAACCACGUCAACAACCACUCCAUCAACCACUUCUGAGACUCCUUCCACAACUACAUCAACCACAACCACCACACCACCAACCACCACCACACCGCUCACAACUACUCCUACUGAGACAUCUACAACCACAUCAACAACCACUCCAUCAACCACUUCUGAGACUCCUUCCACAACUACGCCAACCACCACCACAUCACCAACCACCCCAACACUGCCCACAACCACGCCUACUGAGACAUCAACCACAACCAUGUCAACAACCACUCCCUGGACUCCGUCUACAACCACAUCAACUACCCCUACAAGCACAACUUCAUCUACAAGUACCUCCACACAUUUUACAACAACAACUAUGGGAACAACUACUCCUUGCUACUGUGAAUAUCAGGAUAAAAUAUAUUGGCCAGGUGCAAUUGUUGAAACAGGACGUCAUGGAGAUGUUUGUUUUCUUGCCAACUGCUCCCAAUGGUGUCAGACAGAGGUUUUCAGUUGGGAUUGUGGCACAACUACAAGCACAGUAGUGCCAACAACCAUAAAAAGCACCACCACUACUCCAGUUUCCACUACACGGGGACCAUGUUUAGAUGGAGCUGUUCCGCCAGGUGACACUUGGUGGAUAUGCAAUUGUACCAAGGCCAUAUGCAUUUCAGAUGACCAAUGGGAGGUGAUUCCUGUAGAGUGCAAACCACCGCCUAAGCCCCAAUGCUCCAAUGGGCUUGCCCCAGUGCAAGUGAUAGAUGACGACGGAUGCUGUUGGCACUGGGAAUGUGACUGCUACUGCACUGGCUGGGGAGACCCUCAUUAUUACACAUUUGAUGGCUUAUACUACAGUUAUCAAGGCAAUUGUACCUAUACCCUGGUGGAAGAGAUUAAUAAAAAUAUAGACAAUUUUGGGGUCUAUAUAGACAACUACCAUUGUGAUCCACGGGAACCAGUCUCCUGUCCACGCACUCUCUUUGUGAGGCAUGAAACCCAGGAAGUGCGCAUAACGACAGUCAGAGAGGUCCCCAUGAAAGUACAGGUGCUUGUAAAUGGACAGACAGUGGCUCUACCUUACCAAAAAUAUGGUUUGAAAGUUUAUGAGUUAGGUGUAAACCAAGUGGUAGAGAUUCCAGAACUUAAGAUGAAUGUGACCUACAAUGGAAUGGCCUUCACGAUUAGACUGCCUUAUCACUUAUUUGGCAAUAAUACCCAGGGACAAUGUGGCACAUGCACCAACAACCAAACAGAUGACUGUAGGUUGCGCAAUGGAACUAUUGUCAAUAAUUGUGAAGUGAUGGCUGAUAACUGGAUUGUUAAUGACCCGUCAAAGCCCCAAUGCUUUCCACUGCUCCCACCUCCGUCGAACCCCACACCUUCGCCUCCCUGCAAACCUUCUCCUCUCUGUAAGCUCCUAAAUGAAAGUGUAUUCCAGAAAUGUCAUGAAGCUGUUGAUCCCAAGUACUACUAUGCAGCCUGCGAAUUUGAUAGCUGCCGCAUUCCUGACCGUAACUUAGAAUGUGCAACUCUUCAGAUCUAUGCAGCAACCUGUGCAGAUCAAGGUGUCUGCAUUGACUGGAGAAAGGACACAAAUGGUUCAUGUCGUAAGUGCAUGUUUUUUUGCCCAUCUAACAAAGUUUACAAGGCGUGUGGUCCUUCUGUAGAGGAGACUUGUAAAUCAGGUAACGUAACAGUAGAUACCGAAACACAAGUGGAAGGUUGUUUCUGCCCGGAAGGGACAACACUUUAUGAUGCUGGUGUGGAUGUCUGUGUAAAAACCUGUGGAUGUGUUGGACCAGAUAAUAUACCAAGGAAGUUUGGAGAGACCUUUCAGUUUGACUGCAAGGACUGUGUCUGCCUGGAAGGAGGCAGUGGCAUUAUUUGUGAGACCCAUAAAUGCCCUCCAACAGAAGUACAGUGCGAAGGAGAAGGAUUCCACAAGAUCUCUGAAGUCAACCCUGAUGACAAAUGCUGUUCUAAAAUUACUUGUGUAUGUAAUGUCAGCGACUGCACAGUCAGACCUCCUACGUGUGAGCUAGGAUUUGAAGCUGUCUCUCAUACUCCCUCGGGUCGUUGCUGUCCUGUUUAUCAAUGUGCUUCCAAAGGGGUUUGUGUGCAUAAUGGUGCUGAAUACAAGCCUGGUUCAAAAGUCUUAGGGGACAAGUGCCAGGACUGUGUAUGUACACACGAAAGGGACAACAGCACUAGUCUGAAUGUCAUCAACUGUGACCACAUUCCAUGCACCGUGUCAUGUGAACCAGGAUAUUCUCUCCGGUCGCAACCUGGUGAAUGCUGUGGGAAAUGUGUGCAAACAAGCUGUGUUAUACGAACAAGUGAUCUUGUUAUCACCUUAAUCGUACGUCCUGGUGAACAUCGGAAUGAUCCAAAAGAUAACUGCACUAUUUAUUCCUGUGUGACCAUCAACAGACAAUUGAUCUCCUCCACUUCCACAAUUAACUGUCCAUCCUUUAAUGAGAAUACAUGCCAACCUGAUACUAUUAUGUAUUUGCCUAAUGGCUGCUGUAGAACAUGCAUUCCUAAGGAACCACAAACACCAUCUCCAUGCUCUCUGACUGUAACAAAGAGCCAAAUCCAUUACGAUGGUUGCGUUUCUGUGGAACAGGUCUCUGUGUCUAAGUGUGAGGGAUCAUGUCAAACUUACUCAAUGUACUCUGCUCAAGCUAACUCAAUGGACCACACAUGCACUUGCUGCCGAGAAGAAAAGACAACCAAGAAGGAAAUCACCCUGGUAUGCCCCGAUGGAAAGAACCAGACACACUUCUACCUCCAUGUGGAAAGUUGUAAAUGUCUCAACACUGAAUGCCAUACAGCAGAACAGACCACUGUGAAACGUCGCAGGAGGCAGUUAACAAUAAAGUGA